GAGACAGACUAGUUCGAGCCACGCUCCAGUUCACUUCUCAGUUUUGACUUGUGCUUGGAGAAUAAACGCAAACUCGGAGCAUUUAUUAAAUUAUUGAUCAACGUUUUGUUGAUUCAAAUCACGCGCGCGUCUGACGCUACCAAUUGUGAAUUAACGUGAAACCAACGUCUGCACACCGAGUAUAUACCUAAUACCUAUAUACGCAGGCAACGUUACCUACGCGAAAGGUCUGCUUUCUCUUUCCAUCACAUAAGUGUGUGUGUGUAUAUAUAUAUAUAUAUAUAAAAGCUUCAAUUCGGUUACUUUACCGAGCGGCGAGGCCGGCGACGGAGUCGGAGAGCAGUCCAGCACUAUUUAGCGUCUCUUUCCUACAUCUAUAUGUCCCGACACUCGACAUAACCUCAAAUCAUGCCAAACAAACGAACUCGCCGUUAGAGUUUUGACAUUUUUUAGAAUUUUUCUAACACAUACGAAUUCUAGCACGUAUACAUUUUUACGAAAAUGGAUCCUCGAAUUCACCGACGUGCCGAGCCGGAAAAAAGCUCAGGAGAUAUGGUUGCAGAGUGGCUAAAUGAAGCUACCAUAAGUACCAAUGACUCUGUCAAAGUGCAAAAUUUGUGCAAGGCACAAGAAAUUCUACUGAAUAAGGAACAUUUACUCUUGAAUGUUUAUCUAGAUGACAUAUUACAAUUUGCAAUCGACAGAAAUGCAGAGGUCAGGAAAACUAUAGCAGGAUUUAUAGAAGAAGCAGGAGUAAAGAAACCCGAUGCUAUCCCUAGAAUUAUACUAGUUUUAUUAAGACUAAUCACCGAUCCAGCGCCGGUCGUUGCCAAACGAGCUUUAAGGGCAAGCGGAAGAAUCCUGAGGGCCACUUUAAAAUGGGCAGCUAGUGCUCAAGUCGUAACCCCGGAUAUGGAAAAUACGUGGACGCAAAUAAGUAAUUUGAAAAUUCAAAUUAUAAAUAUGAUUGACAGUGAUAAUGAUGGGAUACGUACGCAGGCAUUGAAAUUCCUGGAAGGAGUAGUGUUGAUCCAAACAUAUCCAGAUCCAGACUCACCAAAGAAACCCGAUGACUUUUCAUUGGAAGAUGUACCUCUGACACUGAAGAUAGCUCGUAGAAGAAAGUUGGAAGAGGAAGCUAAUCACGUCAUGGACCUUCUGAUAAAAUUCUUUGGAUCUCCUCACGUGAGCAGUGUCAAUUUGAUAACAUGCAUGGGCUCGUUAUCCCUGAUUGCAAAAAUGAGGCCUCAAUUCAUGCCAAACGUCAUACAAGCAAUGCAGAGGUUGCAGAGUGAUUUGCCACCUACACUGUCGGAUUCCCAAGUGACUAGUGUACAAAAGCAGCUGAAACUCACAUUAUUUGGGCUUCUGAAACAUCCGGCGAGUGUAGAAUAUGCUCAGCCAAUUGCCAGACAGCUCACGCAACUAGGUUGCAAGGAGAAUGAAAUCCUUAAGUACUUCCCAAAGCCUGAAGAAAUCAGGAGAGCGAAGAAACGACAACAGGAAAGUGCUGCUGUCAUUGCUGCAAAGAAAGCAAGGUCUGAGAUUCCUGUUAUACCCAUGGAAGAAGAGCCUGUACCUCUGCCAGUUCCUCCUCCAAAAGUGCCAGAGUUGAUAGAACUCUCUGAAAAUUACAUUGCUGAGAGGCUUAGUGUUGAAAUUGCUGCAGAAUUAGUCAUGGACAGUAUGGCUUGGGUACCGGACAUCAUGACGUCAGUAUUCUCAAGAGAGUACCAGCCAACAGCCACAGCAGAUACGACCAAACAACGGCAGGUCAUAGCAAAGCUGCUGUCAGUGCAAAUAAAACAAGCCAAGGAGAAGAAAACGAAAAUAACAAAAGAAAAGGAGGUUGACAUAGUCAUGGAGGAUCUGAUAAAGAAUCCCACCAUCAGUGUCGCGGAGGUCAAGCGAGAACGAAAGCGAGAAAAGGAUAGGGAAAAAGAACAGCAGGCUAAGGCAUCACUAGAGGCACAUGAAAAAUCCUUAGCCAAGGCCAGGAGUCGUCUCAAGUCCUUGAAACUUUCGGAGGUGACGAAGCCUCUUCUCAAGGAAACGAGAGAUAAGAUGUUGCUCAUGGCAGUUAACAGAAUUCUCGGGACGGAAAAAAGUGUGAUUCUUGGAGGUGUCGCCAACGUCAGAAUGAAGAUUCUGACGACUCUAGCGGCGACGUUCAACCCAUACGUGAAGGAAGCAAUUUUACGCCACAUAACCGAGGACAUGCGGACACGCCUAGAAUUGGCGCUCUGUUGGUUAUACGAGGAGUACGCGUUGCUCCAAGGUUUCCAACGCCGAACGAUCCUAUGCUCAAAACCAACGGAAGCGCCUCAUCAAGCGUAUAACUUUUUGCUAUGCACCUUGGUCUCGGCCAUCGACAACAUACAGGGCAAGGAUCGGGAUGUACUGCUGACAAGACUUUACCUCGAGGCGCCUCUCAUAACGGAAGACGCUGUCGAGGCGCUGAAGAGUAUCUCGUCAGAGGAGACAAGAGGUUUAACUCCAUUGAUAUUGCUUAAAGACCUCGUCAUAAGGAGGCCGACGAAGCAACUAAUUUUCCUCAACGUACUAUUGUGUCACACUGGACACGAGAAUAACAUGAUCCGUGAAAAUGCAAUCCAAUUGGUAGUCCGGCUGUACGCUCGUCCAGACCUCAGUAAAAUGAUUGAGGAAUAUGCGGGGUUGUACCUGGGAUUCUUACGUUUGCCAAAUCCUCCAGAAAUAGUUUUCGGUCAAGACAGAGGUAGAUCGCAGUUAGAAGAGAACUGGACCGAGUCGACGACUCGUGCCUGCCUCAGUCUCUACCUCGCGCUUCUCACGGAAAAUCAAAGUCUUGUACACGAACUAGCACGUGUAUACACCUCUAUGAGUGCAGAGGUCAAGAGAAUUGUGCUCAGGUUAAUCGAAACGCCGGUCAAGAGCCUGGGGAUGGAAAGUCCGCAGUUGCUGGAAUUGGUGGAAAAAUGUCCCAAAGGAGCGGAAAUGCUGAUUAUGAGGAUCAUUCAUAUUCUUACUGAGAAGGCUACGCCGAGUCCCGAAUUGGUUGCCAAAGUUCGAGAACUUUACCAGGCGAGAGUCUCCGACGUUCGCUUUUUGAUACCCGUACUCAAUGGUUUGUCGAAAAAGGAAGUCAUCGCAGCUUUGCCAAAACUGAUCAAAUUAAAUCCUGUGUCUGUGAAGGAAGUAUUCAAUAGAUUGCUAGGUACACACAACAACGAGAGUGGAGUGACUCAUACCUUGCCGCUCACACCUGCGGAGCUAUUGAUUGCUCUCCAUAAUAUAGAGCCUAGCAAAGCUGAACUGAAGACUGUUAUAAAAGCGACAUCAUUAUGCUUUGCUGAAAAAACAAUUUUCAAUCAGGAAACGGUGGCAGUGGUGAUGCAGCAGCUUAUGGACAUGACUCCCCUGCCAACGUUGUUAAUGCGAACUGUGAUACAAAGUUUGACCCUAUAUCCACGAUUGAUAGGAUUUGUUAUGAAUAUUCUGCAACGUCUGAUACUGAAGCAAGUUUGGAAGCAGCCCAAGGUGUGGGAGGGCUUUGUUAAGUGUUGUGAAAGGACUCAGCCGCAGAGUUUUGCGGUCGUGCUUCAGUUACCUCCUGCGCAGCUCGUCGAAGCGCUGAAAAUGGCGCCAAACAUGCGGGCGCCACUCGUGGAGCACGUGGAAGCUUUUGCUGAGAACCAGAAAGCUGUUAUACCCCAAUCAAUUAUGGAUGUGAUCAGAGGAAAACCACCAAUAAUGAUGCAUGAUGACUUUGAUAUUGCGCCUCCUGGAGAUUUCCCCAUGGAACGUCAAGACCCAGCUGACCUCGAAAAUUUGGAACCUGCUCCGCCUGGUUUAGAAUAAUAGACUACCUUUUUUACGAUUCCUGUGUAUAUUUUAUUAUGAGUACAAAGGCUGUUGGAUUAAUUUUUGAAAAUAUGGUCUUUUUGUCUUUUCAUUCUCAACUCGACUUUCUCUGAUUUACUCCGAAAAGUUUUCUAUUUAUGCGAAGUAUGUAAGCAAGCACAUUAACUUCUUAAAGGACAAGAUUUAUUUCCGUCUAAUGUUUGUGGGCACGAGUAUACGAUUUUUUUUCAAGGCCAUAUUUUCAAAUCACAUCGUGUAUAAGUUUUGUACGAUAUGGACAAUAAAUGAACUGUAUAAAUAAAUAUAGGUCCAUAAUUAUGUAAAUUAAAUAAACAAAAAAAAAAGUAUUACAAUGAUCUUAUCUCUUGAUGAAGCAGAAGCGAAAUUUAUUACAUAUAUUUAUGACGAAAAAAUAUCAUAAGUAUGAGUAUCAAAAUUAAAUGUCUAUAAAUUUAUCAUCUAUAUUUUGGAGCUAAUGUUUUUCAGACUCAUGCAAAGUCAACACCAGUGUCUAGUAAAUCUCGUAACAUAAAGGAUGCUUUCUUUGGCAGUAUUCUGAAAAUGACAAGUCCAAAAUUAUGAUUAUGAAUAAAUCAA